UCCCCGUCCCCCCCACACGCACAAAGGCGACGCGACGCGACGCCAGCAGCGCUUGCUUUCCUCUCCCUGCUCUGCUCGGCCUCGCCGCUUCCCCCUCCUCUACCCCUGCCUCUGCCUGCCUGCCUGCCUCAACGAUUCCUCCGCUUUUCCUUUUUCAAAAUCGCCCUUUUCUCGUGCGCGUGUCGACUCCUUCCUGGUUCCUGCUCGCCGGCGGGUCUGGGCUGGGGGGACGGACGCUGCCUCGGAUGAGGCCGCGCUGACCGGAGCCGGACCACCCGGCGCCCACCCAUGGCGCGUCCGCAGCGAGUGUACGAGGCUUGGAAAGGGAACAAUAAAUUCUUCUUUGGUGGGAGGCUCAUAUUCGGACCUGACGCCAAGUCACUGAUCCUCUCUGUUUCGCUCAUUGUGAUCCCGGUAUUGGUCUUCUGCGGAUUUGUUGCUCGGCAUCUCCGCCACCAUUUCCCGGAUUACAAUGCAGGAUAUGCGAUUCCUGCGGUGGCUGUGGUGUUUAUGAUUUACGUGCUAGUCCUGCUCUUGGUUACAUCAGCGCAGGAUCCUGGGAUCGUUCCCCGCGCGGCCCACCCGCCGGAGGAAGAGUUUUCUUAUGGGAACGCCUUGUCUGGGGGCACGCCUGGGAGGCUGCAAUUCCCCCGUGUGAAGGAAGUCAUGGUUAAGGGGAUGCCUGUGAAAGUGAAGUAUUGUGACACCUGCAUGAUUUAUCGGCCUCCUCGAUGCUCACACUGUUCGAUAUGCAACAAUUGUGUAGAGCGCUUUGACCAUCAUUGUCCCUGGGUUGGACAAUGCAUUGGACAGCGCAAUUACCGGUACUUUUUCAUGUUUGUUUCUUCCUCGACUCUUCUCUGCAUUUAUGUAUUUGCAAUGUCAGCCUUGUACAUCAAGUUUCUCAUGGACGAGGGUUAUCCAACAGUAUGGAAGGCUUUCAAACACUCUCCCGCUUCUUUGGGGCUUUUGAUAUAUUGUUUCAUUGCUCUCUGGUUUGUCGGUGGACUCACUGGAUUUCAUUUGUACCUCAUUAGCACCAACCAGACCACGUACGAGAAUUUUCGAUACAGAUCAGACAGCAGGCCUAAUAUCUAUAGUCAAGGAUGUCUGAAUAACUUUCUAGAAGUCUUCUGUAGCAAGACAAAACCUUCUAAACACAAGUUUCGGGCAUAUGCACAAGAGGAAGUGCGACCUCCAACAGUUAGCUUUGGUAGGGAUGUUGAAGAUGAACCAGUUGGCGGUCCUCGGUCGAAAGUUGAAGAUGAUCUUGAAAUUGGUAGUGAUCUUCUGAAGAUCUCUCAGCGGCGCAAUUAUGAGGAUGUUAAUGUAGAAGUGGGAGGUCCUCACAGGCUCAGCAGUGAGAUGGAAGGCAUAGCCAAUGCCAAACUUGUGGCAUGUUCAGAAUCACAGAUCCCUGCAGUUGGGAGCGACGUAAGGGUGCGACACUCAAGCUGGGAUCGGAGAAGUGGGAACUGGGACAUGUCAUCAGAUGUACUUACAAGAAGCGCAUCAGAUGUAAUUGAACGUAGCGUGUUUGCCACGGAGGCUGCACAUCCAUCUCUAGCAGAGACUCACUAGUGAAUUGUUUGUGCAUUCAGAACAAUGUGUGUGCAGUUUGGAUUGCAAGGCCAUUUAAGUUAACUCAUGUUGGCUCACCCAGACAGCAAGGAAGAAAACGCCUGUCAUGCAUUUUGACUUUGACUGCCUUGAUUGGGUUUUCUUUCCGACCCUUGUCAAUUGUCAUGUAUGAGCAACUAUUUAGUCAAAGAAUUAGCCCCAUUGUGCCAUUAUAUUCGUGUGUUUGUGCCAUAGUCUCAAUCUGACGCUGUGUUGCGUAUGGUCCUGUCUGUAAAUUGCAAGUGCAGGAUUCUCAAUUUCUCAUCCAAUUGUAAUUCUUCUUAGGCUAUUUCUUUGAGAAUGUUA